AUGCAUUUCAGAGGCAGUGUUUUCCAAGGUGGGAACAUACCUAGGUGUCCAAAUCAAACUGCUGUCACAGAAUUCAUCCUCCUGGGCUUUGGUAACCUUCAUGGCCUAAGGAUCCCCACUUUUAUGAUAUUUCUUACAGUCUAUAUCAUUACAAUAGUGGGAAAUCUCAUGAUCAUAGUGAUCACAAUGAUUGAUCAUAGCCUUCAUAACCCCAUGUACUUCUUCCUAGGAAACCUCUCCUUCUUGGAAUUAUGGUACACCACCAGUGUGGUCCCAAAGAUGCUAAAAACCUUUUUGACUGGUCAUGAGGCUAUUUCUUUCUCAGUGUGCCUUCUUCAGUUUUAUGUCUUUGGUUCACUGGCAGUUGCUGAAUGUUUCCUCCUAGCAGCUAUGUCUUAUGAUCGUUACAUGGCCAUAUGCCGCCCAUUGCAUUAUGCACGCAGCAUGGACUUCAAGGUGUGCAUUCUGUUUGUGAUAGGGUCAUGGGUUUCUGGGUUUCUGUCUUUGGUUGUCACCAUGCCAAUGGUUUCCAUGUUGCCCUUCUGUGCAUCGAAUGAAAUUGAUCAUUUCUUCUGUGAUUUGGCUCCCAUAGUUAAACUUUCCUGUGGAGACACACAAAAAGUGAGGAUCCCUGCUUUCAUUAUUGCCUCCCUAGUGUCCUUUUCUCCAUUCUUUCUUACUGUCCUGUCAUAUUAUAAAAUUAUAUCCUCAAUUCUGAAGAUCCCAUCAGCUAAAGGCAAACAAAAAGCUUUUGCCACCUGCUCCUCACAUCUGACUGUGGUUACUGUGUUUUACGGAACGUUAAUGGUAGUAUAUGCUGGACCUACAACAACUCAAUGGCCAAACUUAAGGAAAGUUUUCUCAGUGCUUUAUAUAGUAGGGACACCAAUGCUCAAUCCUAUAAUAUACAGCCUGAGGAACAAAGAAGUCCAAAAUGCAUUGAGAAAGCUGUUAAAUAGAAAUGUUAUAUUGGUGAAUAGUAAGUGA